ACUGUUUUUUGCAGUGUAGCUCAGCUGAUAAAAGUUCUUCCCUGAAGAGUCCACGUGAAAAUUUUCUACUAGUUUUUCUAUAGUUUUAUUCCGUGUUUUGUGGUAGAAAGUGCAGAAUGUCAUGGUUUUUUGGAUCUAGAGGUCAGGCACCAUCGGCAGGAGAUGGAGGUCCUCCAGAUCCGUCCGGAAGUGCUCCUGGACAGAUGCCUGAUGCUGGCCUCAGUAAAGCCGAAAGAAAAGCCAUGGAGGCAUACAGAUUCGACUCUUCAGCCCUCGAGAGAGCCGCUGAGGCUGCCAAAACCCUCGAAAAGUCCAAGCACGCCAGGGAGGCUCUGGACCUGUCCAAGAUGCAGGAAUCCACGCGACAGCAAGAGUUGAUGGCCAAGGCAAAGGAAUAUGAGGCUCACAUUGAGACUGCCAAGGUUGAGCAGAAACGAGUUGAUUACGAAGAGAGGAGGAAACUUCUAGCUGAAGAGACCAAGCAUCAGCAGCAGAGGGCACAGUAUCAAGAUCAGCUGGCCAGAAAACGCUAUGAAGAGCAAUUAGUGCAGCAGCAGCGAGUCCAAGAGGAGAAUCUCCGGAAGCAGGAAGAAAGUGUGGCGAAGCAAGAGGCCAUGCGUAGAGCUACCAUUGAGCAUGAGAUUGAGAUGAAGGAGAAGAAUAAAUUGAAGUUGCUAGAAGCUGAACUGAGAGCUAAAGCGAAAGUAGACCGGGAAAAUAGAGACAUCAAUCUUGAGCAGAUCCGGCUGAAAGCCCAGGAACAUCGAGAAACUGUGCUGGAGGGCAUAAAAACUGCCGGAUCUGUACUUGGAGCUGGAGCUCAGGCCAUGCUGAACGAUUGGCAAAAGGUGGCAACUGCAGCUGGUGGUUUGUCUCUUCUGGCUCUGGGAAUUUACUCAGCCAAAGGAGCCACAGGAGUUACUUCCAGAUACAUCGAAGCUCGCAUUGGGAAGCCUUCAUUGGUAGGGGAAACAUCUCGUUUCUCGCUGCUAGAAGCUGUUCAGCAUCCAAUUCAUCUUAUAAAGCGUUUCCGGAGCAAACCUGCCGAUGCUCUGCAGGGGGUUAUCUUAGCUCCAAAGCUGGAAGAAAGACUCAGGGACAUUGCUAUUGCCACGAAGAACACACGACAGAACAAAGGUUUCUACAGAAAUAUCCUGAUGCAUGGUCCACCGGGAACGGGAAAAACGAUGUUUGCCAAGAAGCUGGCCAAUCAUUCGGGAAUGGAUUAUGCCAUCAUGACGGGUGGAGAUGUAGCUCCAAUGGGCAGGGAUGGAGUUACAGCUAUCCAAAAAGUGUUCGACUGGGCCAAUACCAGUCGUCGCGGGCUGUUGCUGUUUGUAGAUGAAGCUGACGCGUUUCUGCGUAAGAGAUCCUCAGAGCGCAUCUCUGAGGAUCUCAGGGCAUCACUCAAUGCCUUCCUCUACCGCACCAGUGAGCAGAAUCACAAAUUCAUGCUUAUUCUAGCUAGUAACACGCCAGAACAAUUUGACUACGCCAUCAAUGAUCGUCUGGACGAGAUGGUAGAAUUUACACUGCCUGGACUGGAGGAGAGGGAACGUCUCAUGCGGCUCUACUUUGACAAAUUCGUUUUAGAACCGGCUGCUGAAGGAAAAAGACGAUUCAAAGUCGAACAGUUCGAUUAUGGUGCUAUCUGCAGUAAAAUGGCCAGGAUGUGCGAAGGCAUGUCUGGUCGAGAAAUCUCUAAGCUCGGUGUGGCUUGGCAGGCUGCUCUUUAUUGCUCCGAAGAGGGUAUUCUCACGGAGAAAAUGGUGCUGGAUAAGUGUGAGGAGGCUAUUCAUCAGCACAAACAGAAGAUGGCCUGGCUGUCGGAUCAGGAGAAGGGUGACCAUAAAUCCAUCACAGGCGGAAAGGGACAGUAAACUCAAUUGUUUUUCCAUUGAGAGUUUUCCGGAAAGUUUCAUAACCUCCAACAUUCCACUUAGCUGAAUCUACAGGAAAUUUAUAUUAAACUUCCUUCAGCUGGUGGCCUUUCUCUGGACAUGCCCUCGAAUGAGAGAUGAGAUAGUAUGCAUGCAGUGAUAAGAAAUUUUUUUGUUUUGGGAAAAUAACCCAGAAACUGAAAAACAAGAAAGUUGCGGGCAAUAAAAAAACGCGGGAAAAUGGA